CCGCGAAGCCUCCGCGGCGGCCUAUCGUCGGUUGGCUCUGCUUUGACAGGAGCCGAUAAAGCGGCGCCCUGGACUUCGCCCGGGCCGUGCUUCAAUCGCGCCAGAGAUAAAACUAGAGAAGCCUCUUUCUCCCAGUCGACGCUCGCUCGCGCGGACAUCGGAAAAAGUGCGCCCGUAUUUGGCACUUUCAUUGGUCGUCUGCGGCAACACAACGGCCGACCGCAGCGGCUUCACAAGUGAUCUGGCUCGACGUGAUUUUCCGCGGAAACCGCUUGGCUUCGGCUCAAGCUCUUCGUGGUGAACGGCGCUUCCGGCUGAGCAGACACGUCACCGGCCGCAUGUGCACGUCGUGUGCGCGACGCCUAGGAUGCUGAACCUCCCGGAACGAAGGAGAAGCCGCAGUGGCAGUGCCACAGCCAUGAAGCGCUGCCAGACUUUCUGCAUGCGUGUCAGCAUGCUCAUCGCGCUCGUGGCCGUCCUGCUGGGUGCCAUGUGCCUCAUCAUGCUUCGUUUUCCCGAGAAAGACGUGCACAUGUCUUCCACUGACAUGCGGCUGGUCGAGGCCGUCUCCAACGUGUGGUGCGGCGGACAGGAGUUCGUGUCGGCGCACCCGUUCAGUGUGUACCGCGUCAACGACCUUCCCCCGGCCGUUCCGGCCAACCACAUCCAUCACACCAUCGAACUGUCCACCAGUGUGCCCUCGGGAAAGUUCCACUACCUGCGCUACUACCUGCUGCCGGGCUCUAACGUGACGGCCGACGUGAUGGCCGACGAGCCCGGCGGAACGGUGCAUGCCGUCCGUGGCGAAGAAGAACUGCAGAGGUGCAUCCGGACGCUGCAGGAACAAGCGGCAGACGAGGAUAGCUCGGAGGAAGACGACGACACGCCUAGGCGCCUGCCGGGAUACUACCGCUGGGCUAUCAAAUCGAAACGCGUCGAUCCGUCUACCACACUGGACGCAGCUCGUCUCAGCUUCCGGGCCACUGCGGCCGACCUCUACUACGUGCUUCUGGUAAACGAGAACCAAUCGUCGUCCUCACUGGUCAACUUCAACAUCCGCGUCGACUUGAACCGCACCGUGUUCGGAGUGAGCCCUCAGGACGUGGUGUGCCUCGAGCAGACGCACUGCGUGUACCACGUCCAUUUCGGCGCUGAGGACAGGCUCAUCCUGCACGUGCCACGAGAGAGAGACGCCGGCAACGCAGUCUUCACGAUAACCACGUCGUGCAGGCCUCGCGUCUUCUUCUACGCGCUCCUGUUCAUCCUCAUUCCCAUUCUCUUCCUGGUGUUCUUGGGUGCCGUCAUACGGGCUUUCAGUUACCUCGCAAAUAACUCGUCAACCGACGAAGGCAAAUACCUUCGCUUCCGGCUGUUCGGCGAGGACGAGAGGACGCGACGACGUCGCAGGCGGCUCGAGGAACUGGUGGCGUCGCAAAGCCGGCCAGUCCAGGAGUGCGUCGGCACAGGUGUCGCGUUGCCCGCCGAUCCCGCUGCCGAGCACUUCCUCGUAUACCACGUGCCCGGCUUAGACCCACCGCCCAGGACACCACCGCCUUGCUACGCAUCCCUGCAGCCGGAGCCCGUGGCCGAAGACGAAUCUCUGCUCGGCGUCUCUGUGGCUCUCGUCGAUGCCCCGACACCCAUUCAGCCACCACGCUACUCCGAAGUUUUGCAGCAAGAGACCGCUGCCGACUUGCUUACUCCUUUGGAGCCCACCUUAGCACACGAGAGGACUGUCAGAGAGUCGGCCCCGUCAAUCCAGCCAACGGGGUCGACUAACUAGCCCGACGUCUGAUUCACUUGCACCACGUCAGUUCACCCUGUUGAAGAUACGUCAUUUUCAGCAGCAGAGAGACUCGAGACUGUGCCGCCUUGCAUCAUGCUAGCUGUUUCUGCGGGAACGACAAGGAACAUCGGCGAAUGCCGCUCUCGUGCUAUCGGCAGAGUGAAAAAAAAAAGACACGCCUGUGCGCGUGACAGCGAUUUACAUUAGUGGCAGAGCAUUAGGGUGUGAGGACAUUGUUGUGAGCCCGCAUCAUCAGCCGGAACUCUAGAACUCGCAACCCUGUGACGAACUGAAUUUUAGUAGUUGCACCAUUUACGUUCACGAAGGUGCUAUGCUCCUCAGUCCUUUAGCUAUGGGCCAGUCCAGCAAAACACCAUCGACAAAUCACAUUUGGGCACCACACACUCUCGCGAUAAAUAGUAUAGGCUUUCCGAAUUUACGUCUUAAUCGCAUCGUGUCGCACUCAAACGUGCUCGAAACAUUUGCAAUUGUUUACAGUACCACUUGGACUUGACAACAUGUGCACUAUAUUAACGCUUCGUUUACAUUAAGCAUCUAUUGAUUUAUCAAAAUAUUCGUCAGUUCUUGAUAAAACCGCAAAAUGAAAACAUACCGUGCGAAGCGUAUACACGUAUUCAUAUCUAGUUAAAGCCGGGAAAUGAGCCUAAUGUGAAGGUUAUUCCGGAAGUGUUUGCCGGAAGUGUUCGAACGGUAUCAUAUAUAGGCAAUUAUUGUUAAGAUAACAUGAACAGUGAACUAUAACGUGCCCUCAAAACUGCAUUUGCUCGGAAUGCACAGAGUUCGCGUUCGAGUCCGGGAUAUCAUGAGCGAGUCUUGGAGACAUAAUUACAACGCGAACAUAUGCAUCUAUCCUUCGUGAGAUAACUGAAUGACACUUUAUAAUAAAGUCUCCACACACAAAGA